GUGGGAAGUUCACUUUAACAAAAUGGCUGCUCUAGGUCGUGUGUCCGCUCUUGGAAACUUAAAAAGUUUCGCAAAAUGUUUUGAUGUUAGGGGAACUGUAUGCAAAGCAGCGGCCACAGCAAUAUUGAAAAGCGGAUCGUGCACACCAUAUUAUUGUCGGAGUAGAUAUUUCUCGAGUUUUAAAGGCGUCUCAGAGGUUCCAGCAUUCAGGCCAAGCUUGAUUCAAAGUGUUCGCCACUAUGCUGAAUUGCCUGAUCCCACAUUUGCCCAAAUAGAAGAGAGAGUUAUGGGACUCUUGAAACUUUUUGACAAAGUCAGCCGAGAUAAGCUGGCAGUUGAUGCUCACUUCAUCAACGAUCUCGGUCUAGACAGUUUGGACGUUGUUGAAAUCAUCAUGGCAGUUGAAGACGAAUUUGCUCUGGAGAUUCCCGAUAAACAUGCUGAGGCGUUGUUCACACCAAAAGACGUUGUAGAAUAUUUAGCAGACAAGAUGGAAGCGUUUGAAUAAUUUUAUAGUUCCAUGUUCCUUAAACGUAGGAUCACAUUUUGUUUGAGUGGAAGCAUGUACCGGCAUAGUUGGAGAAGAAUGAAGUGGAGAUCUAUACAGAUGUGGAAGAACUGACCCAACCAGAUUUGUCAUCGUGCAGUUCAGUGCGUCUUACGAAAUGAUUAGAGUGUGAUUUACAAGACUGAGGGCAGACUUUACACCACUGUCAACCCAUCAAUGUGAACGAGGAUGCCAAGACGGAGGUCACCGCUUUAUAGACCCCUUGCAUUGGCCGCUAUCUUUGAUGUCAAACGAUGGACACAUGUACGCGCUGCGCACGUCUCUCGACCAAUGAUAGCUCUUCAUUGCCCACGGUGAGGGGACUUUUUUUUUGAGAUUGUGACGUCAAAUGCAAGGGGUCUAUACACCGAUUACAUGAUAAUUUUUUUUUUUCAUAUUAAUUUAGGCCAAUGACAUUGUACACAAGUAUAAAACCCAUCAUAUCAUAUCACUUGCAGAGAUUGCUUUUAAAUUUUUCAGUGACUAGCCAGCAGGACCAGUUGGUUUUUUUAAGUCACAAGUCUGUCAGCUAUUUCACUUCUGCAUACUUUGUAUUAAAUAUGGAUGCUUUUGAAUACUGAACUCGUCAGUCAGACCACUCGGAGUGAAUUGGGAAUGGUCCUCUGGUUUUUUAACCGGAUUGGCAUGACAACCACACCAUGUAGAACGGAAUGUGUGCUAAUUCUGGGCCACUCGAAUCUUUGAACUAGUGGGUCAUUCCAAUCAAAGACACUAGGGUUAGUCUAUGUCAGUUUUUCUAGGCCCAGCUUUGAUCAGUUUGUGUAUGCUUUGUUCAUAUUUGUUCACCGCUCCUCAGUGUGUUGGCAUCAUCAGAAAGUCUCACCCUUCGCUCACAACUUUGCCUGUCUCGUUUUGAGUUGACCCAAAGUGUUGUGCAAGAUGUGAUAGGAAACAAAAAUUAGGGUUUCGAUUCCUACAUACCUCAGGAAUUAGGGUUAAGGAAAGAAACAAUUUCACUGACGACAAAGUAGUGGUUGGAAUUUUGAGUGUUUUCAUUGGUUAUCUUAACAUAAACGAGUGAUUUUACAGAAUGAUUUGAAAUCCACAGACCUGGGCCCAAUUUCAUAAAAACAGUUAAGCAGAAAAACUGAUAGAUAAUUUUCUUUCCAAUUUACUGGGACACCAGUCACAACAAUGUAAACUGAAUAUAAUUGUCAAUGGUAACCUGUUUCUGUUAAGCAAUACUUUUCUAUGCUUAGCAAAUUUCUGUGCUUAGCACAUAAUUGUGUGCUUACAGGCUUUAUGAAAUCGGGCUCCUUUAGGUCAAUCUUUGACAGCUGAUAUAAAAGCUUUAAUGAGCAAAAUAUGAUAAUCGAACAGAAGAAGUGAACUGUUAUCAAAGCUUAUACUUGAAGUAUUCAUCCCGUGUGUGUUCUC